AUGUCAAAGCCUGUCCGGAAAGCCAAUGUGAUUUAUUUUAAGAUUCUGUUCAAGAUGGCCCCAAAUCUUCGGAUGAUCGAUGGCUCAAUGUCAGCAACGCUCAAGCAGUUCGGAUUUGACGCUUUUAAAAAGAAACCGCAUUGGACGUUUGCCGCAAAUUCGGACAAGGAGCUCAUGCGCAAAGUAUAUCAAUCAUUUGCCGAUAUGAAUUUGGAUUAUAUUACCACAAAUACAUAUCAUUACGGCAGCACAUUUGAUCCGGAACUUCCACCGCCCCUUAAAGAUCGUUGGGUGUACGAUCAAUACUUUAAGGACACUUGUGAUCUCCUAGAAGAUAUUAUUGAAAAACACAACAAAACGGGAAAACAUAAAAUCAAAAUUUUGGGAUCAGUUGGAUCAUUGGCUACCAGAUUCCACGAUUGCUCAGAAUAUCAUGGGAGAUAUGUUGAGCAAGCAAGCUCAAUGACUCUUGCCAGAGAACACUUUGCAAGCAUAUUUGAGUCCUUUAUGAGCUUGACAAAUAUUCGCACCUUGAUCAUUGAAACACUGCCUACCGGAUUGGAAGGAGAAGUCGUCUUAGAGCUUCUCGAGAAAUUUCCAGAGCUUCAAGUGGUGGUCAGCUUCACAUUCAAGGUAAUUGGCUUUGGCAUCAACUGCACCGACCCUCAAAACGUAGUUUUUGCAUUGGAGCAGGCUAGUGAAAAUCGUUUCCGCGAUAUUUUUGUGUAUCCAAAUGUCUCAGACGCCUUCUUUGUUGAGGACGAAGACAAUCUUCCGCCGCCAUUCAGCGAGGCCUUGGUGAAGUCCUGGGCGGAAAAGGGUGCAACAGUAUUUGGAGGAUGCUGUGGCGUCGACACUGACUAUCUCCGCAUUCUCAAGAACAUCAUCGAUAAGUUUAAUGAAAAAGCGUGA